AUGGAGGUCAUCUGCAACGACUGCCCAGCUGGUGGUGUUAGCAUUUACAACCCAGUGUUCUGGGGCAUGAACAUAGAAAGUGGAAAGGCCUACCACCUUGUCAUGUACAUCAAGUCAACGGAACCAGCAGAGCUGACAGUUCGAUUGACAAGCUCUGAUGGGAUGCAAACCCUGGUUCAGCUACGAUAA